CAAAUGCAUGUUAGAAAGAGGAACUACAAAAUCAGAAAGAAACUGCUUCGGAUGUUUAUCUGUACUGAUUUGCGGAUUCUGAUGAGCAGAAAGACUCACAACCGACCCUGAUUCAAAGCGGAUGAACAGAUGUUUAGGGUCUGAUUGUCUGUUUAUGUUUAGAUUAAAGUUAAUACGCAAAGAUUGCAUUAAAAUAUCAAUAUCUUUGUCAGGCGUCACUUGUGUCUCAAAUUUGUAACCUACAUAUUACGAAGCAGGGAUAAACUUACUUCCGGAAGCCUAAGAUACCGCAAUACAGCACCGACCCACCAAGGCUCGGACUUGUUGGUCCAGCACAUCUCACAGAUGCUCAAUCGGAUUGAGAUGUGGGGAAUUUGGAGGCCAGGGCAACACCUUGAACUCUUCAUCCUGUUCCUCAAACCAUCCCGAACAAUGUGUGCAGUGUGGCAGGGUGCAUUAUCCUGCUAAAAGCAGCUACUUCCAUCAGGGAAUACCCUUGCCAUGAAGGGAUGUACCUGGUCUGCAACAAUGUUUAGGUAUUCAUUCAUUGAGUUAUGGAGUGCAUGAAUUUGGGUGUGGGGACCCUUAAUGAGGCAGUAUUAAACAGACUCGGUUACAUGUUGGAUAAUUUAAUGUGUGGUUGGAAACAACUGGCAAAGGCAGUAGCCGAGCAACCACAGUUCUCUUGUAGUGACAGAGAUUUGACUGACUGCUCACUCAAAGUGCUAAGUCCUAAUGGCAGCCCUGGCCGAUACCUCCUUGCCCUCCUUGCCGAUAGAGGGUGUUCCCUGGAGUUUCUGCUUCAGUCCCUAAGGAAAAUUGAACACAGAGAGGCUGUUGGAUUUCUCACUACACAAGUGAUGGAACAAAUUGCCAUCACACUGCAGCCACAGAGUCAUCAGGUACCAGAGGGAAGUCCUGUGAUUCUGAGCUGUAAGGCAGUCGGACCUCUGGAACUCACCUACCAGUGGUUCAAGGGCAAAGAUGAGGUUCCUGGAGGCAAUGUCCCAGAGCUGCUGCUGAAUUGUGUAGGUUCAGAUCAGCAGGGGCACUACAUCUGUCGUGUAAGUUUUGGAGACAAGUUUGCCUUCUCGAAAUGGGCCCAUGUACGUCUACUGAGGUCUGGAGGUGCAAGUCCAGGCCCCAGUGGUAGCUACGUCCCAUCAUCAACUAGUGUAUUAUAUAUAUCUCAGCAUCCCAGGGCUCAGGCAUUGGUGGAGGGAGACACUCUAUAUCUCGAAUGUGCUGCUCAGGCCAACCCGCCACCACAGUUCCAGUGGUAUCAUAACAGACAGCCAAUACAAAAGUCCACGAGAAGCUUCUUGAAGAUUCCAUGUAUAACCACAGCUGACAGAGGUACAUACACUUGUAGGGUUUACAAUCUUUAUCACGAAAUGUGGAGCAAUCAGGUCCAAGUUAACAUAGGUCCUGGUUCCUUUUCUGAUGUCUCAUGGGAAACGACUGAAAUAGAUACAUCUGAUGCACCUCCAAAGCAAAUGGGUGAUUGUUGUGCCACUGAUAAGGUAGCGUUGCUUAUGGGGAAUAUGAACUACCAGCAUCACCGGCAGUUGAGAGCACCCAUGGCGGAUGUGCAUGAGUUGACAAACCUUCUACGCCAGCUAGACUUUAAAGUUGUCUCUCUGCUGGACCUCAACUGGCAGGAGAUGCACAGUGCUGUUACUGAGUUCCUGUUGCUGUUGGAUCGAGGUGUUUAUGGGUUGUUGUAUUUUGCUGGUCAUGGCUAUGAGAACUAUGGGAACAGUUUCAUGGUACCUAUUGAUGCUCCAGCCUCUCAUACCUCAAAGCACUGUGUCUGUGUGCAGGACGUGUUACAGCGCAUGCAAGAACGCCAGACAGGACUUAACGUCUUUCUGCUGGACAUGUGUCGCAAACGAAACCCAAAUGAUGACAGCAUCACACAGCCUGGCCCCUUGAAAGUUACCGCAAAUAUAGUGUUUGGCUAUGCAACGUGUGUUGAUGCCGAAGCAUUUGAAGUAAACAAAGAAGACCUCUCUAACGGAAUCUUCAUGAGCUACCUCAAGAAGAGACUGAUGGAUCCAGAGAAGGUCACGGUCUUACUUGACAAAGUAGCAGAAGACAUGGGAAAAUGUGAAAUCACUCGAGGCCGGCAGGCUCUGGAACUGCGCAGUAAUCUUUCUGAGCGCCGUGCUUUGACUGACCGCAUACAAGCACCAGCCUGCCCCAUAACAGCAUCAACACGCAAUUUACAGUGGGCUAUUGCACAUGUCCUCCCAAACAGCCGCUGUCUUGAGUUUAAAUGUGGCGUGAAGGUACAGCUGGGUUUUGCUGCAGAGUUCUCCAAUAUCAUGAUAAUCUACACUCGGAUAUUGGAAACUCCUGAAGACAUUGUGUCUUGCUCUGCCCAACUCACUGACUUCGCAGAGGGCCCUGAAGUAGACCUGAAGCACAGCAAUCAGGAGAGCCUUCGGGAGGCUGGCAGUUUACUACUUACCAUGGAUGAUCUACAGCUUCUGGAACAGCCUCAGCUCUUCACUCGUAUUAGUGCCCUGCAAAGGCUCAAGAUGGAGCUGUCGUUUAUUGUGUGUCUACACUACAAGUACACUAACCUGGAUGAAGAGUUAGUGGAGGAGCAAAAAGUGUCCAUAGGCAAACCUCUUGUUUCAAAACUUAACCUCCACGAGCCAAGACUCCCCCGUGCUUUCUCAGCAUCUUCCUCAUUAGACCUACAAAUGUCAAGCAUCCUGGAGUCUUCAUCAUUCAACGAAGACUUCAAAGCUAACCUGUCUGGCUUAGACCCUUCCUCAAUUGGAUCUGCCUCCACGACCUGGAGUUAUUAUCAGAGGCCCAGCGAUUCACCCUUAAGAUCUGUCUUAAAGAAUGAACCUGAGGAAAGCAUAAGCCCAGAGUUCCUUGAGUCUGAAGAAUCUCCUGCCAUCAAGAGUUUGCCUAGUGCUGCUUCUGAAGAGCUCCCAUUUAAAUUUAGCAACUUAACAAAUUCCAUUUAGUGGGAAAGCGUUCCAAUUCAAAGCUGUACAUAAGUGUUACAAACUUUAUAAAUGCAACAAUGCUACAUUUUUAGAUCAAUACAUGUCUGCCUAAGGUUUCUAACUUUUCAUCACAAAAAUAUAUUCUGCUUCAAAAUGGGAUUUUUUUUGCCAUGGGGGUGGGGUGGUCCCAUUUAAGGGGGGCCUGGGGAGCUCAGCAAGUAUUGACGAUGACUACCACCCCAGGAGUCCCGAGUUCGAAUCCAGGGAGUGCUGAGUGACUCCAGCCAGGUCUCCUAAGCAACCAAAUUGGCCCGGUUGCUAGGGAGGGUAGAGUCACAUGGGGUAACCUCCUCAUGGUCACUAUAAAGUGUAGUUCUCACUCUCGGUGAGGCGUGUGAUGAGUUGUGCGUGGAUGCCGCAGAGAAUAGCUUGAAGCCUCCACACGCGCUACAUCUCGCAGUAACGUGCUCAACAAGCCACGUGAUAAGAAUGAUGUCUCAGAUGCGGAGGCAACUGAGAUUCAUCCUCCGCCACCCAGAUUGAGGCAAGUCACUACACCACCAUAAGGACUUGGAGCGCAUUGGGACUUGGGCAUUCCAAAUUGGAGAGAAAAGGGGAGAGAAAAAAAAGGGAAAAUUUCAGCCAAAAUGGACACCUGGCUAAUACGGGACACUUGGCAAGCCUGUUUGGAGAUCUGUAUUUUAAGCCUGUGUAUGUUAUAAAACUGAGAAAAUUGGUGUAUUUGUUUUUUAGACAAGCUAUCAUAUUUACCUUAUUCACAGCAGCGCCAUCUUUGAUUUUUGAUGGGAAUGACAAUGAGAAUGUUAGGGAUAGCUGUAGUCUCUUUAAUGGUUGUACAGUGUUUAUGGAUCAUUUCACUGACGAAACAUUGAAAAAUAUCUUUCCAAGAAAUAUCAGUAAACAAAAAAACUGAAGUGAAAACUUCAUGUUGAGUUGUGGAAAAUCAGACGUGAUCUAGGAGAUUUUUGAUUGCAUUUUACAGUGCAGCCUCGUUUUAAUUUCCGUCAGAAAUCAAAGAUGGCGCAACUGUGAAUAAGGUCUUGUGUAAUGUCUGCCUGUGCAUUUAGAGAGCUUAUUUAUUUUUUUGAUUGGUUUUUCAUUAAAAUACACCACACAUGGUAUAUUUAGCUUUAACGAAUAUAACUGUAAGACUGAAUGUUUUUAAACAGCUAAACAUGACCAUUUUUUGUAAUAAAUUAUGAACUAUUAGCA